AUGGGUGAUUCUGUCGUCAAACAUACUCAACAAUUCCUCGAAGACGUGUCUCCAACCAGUACAGGUACACCGCCUCUCACUCACAACAAACACACUCCGUUAUGGCAACUCCUGAAGCGAUGGCCAAAAGUGGUAAUUUACUGCCUUGCACUAAGUUCAGCCAUCCUUCUCUAUGGCUACGACCUAGUAAUUGUGGGGACGGUAUCCGCCAUGCCAGCAUUUCAACAUCGGUUUGGCGAGAAGCUCGGAGCAAAAUAUAUCAUUCCGUCCAUGUGGCUGUCAUUGUGGAAUGCGGCUAGUCCGAUCGGCAUGAUGGGAGGAUCAAUCUUCGGCGGUUAUUUCCAAGAUCGGGGUGGUCGUCGACUGGCUCUUGCGAUUGGCAGCUUUCUUUCUGCCAUCGCCGUUGCUAUGUGUUACGUCGCUGACUUACCUGAUGAUAUGGAAUCGCGUCGUGGGCUCUUCCUCGCCGGAAAGCUGUUUCAAGGAGUCUGUAUUGGCAUUCUGCUCUGCGUUGUCCAGACUUACAUGUCUGAGGUCCUGCCUGUCGCUCUCCGUGGUCCGAUUAUUGCAUUUUUGCCGAUUUUUACAUUGCUUGGUCAACUCCUUGGUGCUAUUGUUGUCUAUGUCUCCCUUCAAAGAGAAGGAGCACAGAGUUAUCGGAUUUGUUUUGCAUCACAGUGGCCCUUUUCUGCUGUUCCGCUUUGUCUCUCCAUACUCUUGCCAGAGAGCCCAACAUGGUUGCUGAGAAGAGGCAAGCCCGAAAAAGCGCUCAAAGCUCAGAAGAAAUUGGAUACUGUACAAGUCGACUCUGCUGCGGCUAUCGAGGAGCUGCAUCUAUCGAUUCUAGCCGAGGAGGGAGAAACUUCCUCCUUUGUGUACAUGGACUGCUUCCGAGGGACCAAUCUUCGGCGAACAUUGAUUGUCUGCUUGGCUAGCGCUUUGCCUCAGCUUUUCGGUCUCCAAUUACUUGGAAAUGCUUCUUACUUCAUGGAAAUAGUAGGAAUGGGGUCGACAAACAGCCUGAUUUUCCUCAUUCUUGGCAUUGGUCUCGGUCUGAUCGCGAAUAUCGCUAGUAUAUGGGUUCUAAACUCAUUAGGUCGACGAUCCUUGUGCAUGUUUACACUGGCAGCUGCUAUGGUAUUGUGGCUAGGUAUGGGGGUUGCUGGAUGCUUUGAGGGGGUUGUUACUAUUUGGUAUACCGCAGUCACAAUGAUGAUUGUCAUUAUGGUCUGCGGAUUAGGAAUUUGGCCAGCCUCACACGUCGUUGCUGCUGAGACUUCGUCAUUACAGUUACGGGGGAAAACGCAAGGCAUUGGCUGGUUUGUCAAUGGUAUUGCGACCGGUGUGUUUUCCAUCAUUCUGCCUUAUAUCUACAACACAGACGCGGGAGAUCUCAAAGCAAAAACGGGAUUCUUCCUGGCGGGGGUGGCUGCCAUCGCAGUUCUUUUGACCUGGCUAUUUAUUCCAGAGAUGAAAGGCAGAUCGCCCAUGGAUAUCGAUCGUAUGUUCUCAUUGAAGCUUCAAACCAGAAAGUUCAAGGGCUGGACCAGUGAAAGUGUUUCUGAGAAGGUUGUUGGUACACCGGAAAAUAGCGAGCGUGUAUAG